AUGGCAAGGGAGAUUACGGUGCGGCAGCUGUCUGGAGCAGAAAGAGCAUUUGAAGUGCUGGCAGAUGUGACUGUUCGCGAGUUCAAGCGGCAGCUGCACGGGUGGCUGGCCUGCGCAGAUGAAUCAAAGCGCAACAUGAGCUCGGUGGAGGUGAUUGUUGGAGACAGGUCCUUGUUGAAUAACGAAGAGAUGUUGUCGGAGGCCAUUUCAGGAGCGGAAGUUCUGGCUUUCCUCAGCAUCAAGCCGGUGAUGUGCUCAAGCUUCUCCACAUCUGGCUGCGAGGUGGAAGAUGUGUUGGCGGUGGACAUUCCCGAAAACGUGACUCAGAUUCAGGAUCAUGCCUUCCGUGGCUGCAGCUCGUUGGCAGUCGUGACCAUACCCAGUUCUGUCACUGUGGUGGGAGAAAGUGCCUUCCGAGGUUGCAGCUUGUUGGCAAAGGUGACCAUUCCCAAUUCUGUCAUAGAGAUUGGAGAAAACGCCUUUGAAGGUUGCCGCUCGUUGGCCGCCAUGACCAUGCCCGACUCCGCGACUGUGAUAGGUGCUGGUGCUUUUGAAGCCUGUAGAUCAUUGGCAAGCGCGACCAUUCCCGACUCCGUUACAGAGAUCGGAGAAGGCACCUUCGAAGGUUGCAUCUCACUGGCAAGCAUGACUAUCCCACAAUCAGUUACUCAGAUUAAAGCUGGUACCUUUGCAGGAUGCCUCUUAUUGGCAAGCAUAGCCAUCGCCGAUUCGGUUACUAAGAUUGUGCGAUAUGCUUUCCAAGGUUGCAGUUCACUGCAAAACCUGACCAUCCCCAGUUCCGUCACUGAGAUUGGAGAAGGUGCCUUCCAAGGUUGCAGUUCACUGGCAAGCGUGAUCAUCCCCGACUCCGUCACUGAGAUUGGAGAAGCCGCCUUUGCAGGUUGCAGCUCGCUGCAAAACGUGACCAUCCCGAACUCUGUGACUGUCAUUGGAGGUGGUGCCUUUGCAGGUUGCAGCUCAUUGACAUUCGUGACCAUCCCCAGUUCUGUCACAGAGAUCGGAGACAGGGCCUUCCGAGAUUGCACCUCUUUGGCAGGCGUGGCCAUUCCCGACUCUUGCGUUCGGAUCGGAUGUGACGCCUUCGAAGGAUGUAGCUCGUUGCCAGCAACAGCACGCUGA